UUCGACUGUCGACUACUCACUAGACACUCCCAUUUAUUUUAGAUUGUUUUGGAGAAAAUGUAUAUAAAUAAACAAUAUUAAUGUAAAAUCAGCAUUUUUCAGGUUUAAUCAAAGUUUUUUCUAUUAAAGUGAUAAUGGAAAAAUACGAAGUAAUAGGAACCUUAGGCGAAGGAUCAUUUGGAAGAGUCUAUAAAGCUAAAGAGUUGUCUAGUAGUAAUUUUGUAGCAUUGAAAGUUAUUAGCAAGAGAGGCCGUUCAUCUAAAGAACUCAAAGGAUUUCGAAGAGAAUGUGAAAUCCAAAGAGAACUGCACCAUCCCAAUGUUAUACAGAUGCUGGAUUCCUUUGAAACGGAAAAUGAGAUUGUAGUGAUAACCGAAUUUGCACCAAAAGAGCUUACGGACGUUUUAAGUAAACAGGGGUAUCUAACUGAAGAUAAAGUUAAACAAAUUGUUUGGGAUUUAGUAUCAGCUCUGUAUUAUUUACAUUCUAAUAGAGUUUUGCAUAGGGACUUGAAACCUCAAAACAUAUUACUUGAUUUGAAAAAUAGGGCAAAACUAUGUGAUUUCGGCUUUGCAAGAAACAUGAGUACUGGAACUCAUGUUUUGACGUCAAUAAAAGGUACUCCUCUAUACAUGGCCCCUGAAUUAAUCGACGAACUUCCAUAUGAUUACAAUGCUGAUCUGUGGUCAUUGGGAUGUAUAAUUUAUGAAUUGCUUAUGGGCACUCCACCAUUUUGUACUAAUUCCAUACUACAUUUAAUCAGGAAAAUAAAGACUGAACAAAUAAAGUGGCCCACAUUUCUUUCUCCUGAGUGCACUUCGUUUUUAAAGGGACUAUUGCAAAAAAAUCCAUCCAAACGACUAACGUGGAAUCAAAUCCUCAACCAUUCCUUUGUAAAAGGCCAUAUUUUAAUAUCUAAGACCACAGGACCAAUGCCUCUGACGAUAUCUUUAAGUGCUAGUGCCCAAGAGGCCAAGGAGCAGCAAAGGAAAGACAGUAUUAAUAAUAAACAUACUAAUAAAGGAGCCAUUCCCAGAACGGCCAAGAAGAGUGUGGAAGUGCCGGAAAAUGAAAAGCACAGCAGGGAAAAAGUAAAAGAAGAGAAAGCGACAUUAAGUAAUAAUAAAAAUAAUAGUUUAGACACUGGGCAAAAUCCUACUGGAGCAAUCCCAAAAAAACCUUUAACAUCUCAAGAACAGAUCUCGUCAAAGGAAAAACCUUUGGAAGUAUUCACUGAAGGCAAAAGCCACAGAGACGAGAACGGAAAUGUAAACGAAGAAAUUAAGAAGUGUGACGAAGUAAAAGACGUCGGAAAAUGUUUAAAAGAAAAACUAAACUUUAUUGAAGACAGUCAUCCAAUAGAACCGGAGGAGUGGAUAGUAUUUUUACAAAAUUCCAUUAAAGAAGUAAUGAAUGGGGAAAUGUCAUCUCUGGUUCAGCCAAAUCUCACCAAUAUCAUAGUGUCACCUUUAAGAAAUACUUAUUCCAAUAGCAAAGUAUUAAGUUACGUAGCUAAGUUGCUUUCAAUAGCGUUUGUUGUUAAAGGCACUUCCAAAGAGACUAUCGAAAACAUCAAAAAGGUUUAUUUAGAAGUAAAACUCUUACCGAACUUAAUUUACGCAACAAAGCUGCUACUCAGAACCCGCAAGCAUUUAUCUUCUUCUGAAUCCUCCAACUCUUCAUCAGAGGGUGUAAUAGCUCCAUCAAGAAAUGAUUUUACCUGUAAAUCAUUAAAUGAGUUUGAUAGUGAUGAAUUGCAGGCCUUAGAGCAUAUUCUCAUGUUGGCUUGUCACUUGGUUCAUUUGGAGGACGAGUUUGUCAGCCAGUUCUGUGAUGCGGUUGUCGUUUUAAAUAUGUUUGGUUCCAUUAAUUUGCUACUAGGAUUGGUAAAACGAAAACCUAGAAUUCCAAUGGACAUUAUCUCAAUCCUAACGCAGAUAUUGAGGAACCUUCCGGAAAACGUCGAAAUAGUCGAAAAAAUAGCAUUACAUCAUACCGAUUCGGGCAGCGAACUCCACCUAGGUGAGUUCCUUCGAAACUCCGAUGCUUCCAUAAAAGAGCGGACUUGUCACUUCAUUCUGUUGAUGGGAAAAUACUUUUCCCACGAUACCUUGGAAAAAAUUUGGAGUUUGGAAAUUCAGGACACUUUGGAAGCGUUGAUGUUCGAUUCCGUUGAACAUGUGAGAAAUAUGGAGCUCCCCCACACUACGCUUUGGCAGUUCGAUAUUGGCUUAAUGAACACUUUCCAGGGAUGUGGAUUGGCAGGCGUGGUGCAAUUGAAUGACCCGACCACUAGAUUUUUGCCUUUGACCUGACAAAUGCUUGCCAAUGUUUGUUAGGAAUUUCAAAACCAACUUCAUUAUUGUCUCGCGAAUAACGGAGCACAUUUUGAGCACUUAAUAAAAUAAAUUCUAUGAACUGAUUAAA